AUGCUAUCGUGUCAAGAAAUCAAGGAAUCACUGUCACCAUCAGAAAGCAAGAGAAAAACAAUAAGAGAAAGAUCUAUAAAUGGUAAAAUGAAAAAAAAAGUGAAUGCGCUAUCAGAGAAUAUGAAUAAACUUUCAAAACUUACAGCAAAAAUGCAAGAUCUGGGAGCAUUAAAGUAG